UGACGUUCUCCUGUGUCGUACAAAUCCCUCGUGCGGCAGAAGGCAGAAGUAGUUUGUCUUUACCCGGCCACCGUCUCGUCAGCGUUACGGAGUAUUUUGUCCGCCUGCCGCCGCCGUCCCAGAUAUUAAUCACGGAGUUCCAGGGACGAGGAACUUGUGGUAUGGGGGAGUCGGCUGGUGUUGCCGGCACCAUGGAGUCACCGUUUAGCCCGGGACUCUCUCACAGGCUGGAUGAAGAUUGGGAUUCUGCCCUCUUUGCUGAACUCGGUUAUUUCACAGACACUGAUGAGCUGCAAUUGGAAGCAGCAAAUGAGACGUAUGAAAACAAUUUUGAUCAUCUUGAUUUUGAUUUGGAUUUGAUGCCUUGGGAGUCAGACAUUUGGGACAUCAACAACCAAAUCUGUACAGUUAAAGAUAUUAAGGCAGAACCUCAGCCACUUUCUCCAGCCUCCUCAAGUUAUUCAGUCUCGUCUCCUCAAUCAGUGGACUCUUAUUCUUCAACUCAGCAUGUUCCUGAGGAGUUGGAUUUGUCUUCUGGUUCUCAGAUGUCUCCCCUUUCCUUAUAUGGUGAAAGCUCUAAUAGUCCCUCUUCAGCAGAGCCACUGAAGGAAGAUAAGCCUGUCACUGGUCCUAGGAACAAGACUGAAAAUGGACUGACUCCAAAGAAAAAAAUUCAGGUGAAUUCAAAACCUUCAAUUCAGCCCAAGCCUUUAUUGCUUCCAGCAGCACCCAAGACUCAAACAAACUCCAGUGUUCCAGCAAAAACCAUCAUUAUUCAGACAGUACCAACACUUAUGCCACUGGCAAAGCAGCAACCAAUUAUCAGUUUACAACCUGCACCCACCAAAGGCCAGACGGUUUUGCUGUCUCAGCCUACUGUGGUACAACUUCAAGCACCUGGAGUUCUGCCCUCUGCUCAGCCAGUCCUUGCUGUUGCUGGGGGAGUCACACAGCUACCUAAUCACGUGGUGAAUGUGGUACCAGCCCCUUCGGCGAAUAGCCCAGUGAAUGGAAAACUUUCCGUGACUAAACCUGUCCUACAAAGUACCAUGAGAAAUGUCGGUUCAGAUAUUGCUGUGCUAAGGAGACAGCAACGUAUGAUAAAAAAUCGAGAAUCUGCUUGUCAGUCUCGCAAGAAGAAGAAAGAAUAUAUGCUAGGGUUAGAGGCGAGAUUAAAGGCUGCCCUUUCAGAGAACGAGCAACUGAAGAGAGAAAAUGGAACACUGAAGCGGCAGCUGGAUGAAGUUGUGUCAGAGAACCAGAGGCUUAAAGUCCCUAGUCCAAAGCGAAGAGCUGUCUGUGUGAUGAUAGUAUUGGCAUUUAUAAUACUGAACUAUGGACCUAUGAGCAUGUUGGAACAGGAUUCCAGGAGAAUAAACCCUAGUGUGAGCCCUGCAAAUCAAAGGAGGCACCUUCUAGGAUUUUCUGCUAAAGAGGCACAGGACACAUCAGAUGGUAUCAUCCAGAAAAACAGCUACAGAUAUGAUCAUUCUGUUUCAAAUGACAAAGCUCUGAUGGUGCUAACUGAAGAACCAUUGCUUUAUAUUCCUCCACCUCCUUGUCAGCCCCUAAUUAACACAACAGAGUCUCUCAGGUUAAAUCAUGAACUUCGAGGAUGGGUUCAUAGACAUGAAGUAGAAAGGACCAAGUCAAGAAGAAUGACAAAUAAUCAACAGAAAACCCGUAUUCUUCAGGGUGCUCUGGAACAGGGCUCAAAUUCUCAGCUGAUGGCUGUUCAAUACACAGAAACCACUAGUAUCAGCAGGAACUCAGGGAGUGAGCUACAAGUGUAUUAUGCUUCACCCAGAAGUUAUCAAGACUUUUUUGAAGCCAUCCGCAGAAGGGGAGACACAUUUUAUGUUGUGUCAUUUCGAAGGGAUCACCUGCUGUUACCAGCUACCACCCAUAACAAGACCACAAGACCAAAAAUGUCAAUUGUGUUACCAGCAAUAAACAUAAAUGAGAAUGUGAUCAAUGGGCAGGACUACGAAGUGAUGAUGCAGAUUGACUGUCAGGUGAUGGACACCAGGAUCCUCCACAUCAAAAGCUCAUCAGUUCCUCCUUAUCUCCGAGAUCAGCAGAGGAAUCAAACCAACACCUUCUUUGGCUCCCCUCCCGCAGCCACAGAGGCAACCCACGUUGUCAGCACCAUCCCCGAGUCAUUACAAUAGCACCCUGCAGCUAUGCUGGAAAACUGAGCAUGGGACCCUGCCAGACUGAAGAGCAGGUGAGCAAAAUGCUGCUUUCUGCCUUGGCGGCAGGCAGAGAACUGUCUCGUACUAGAAUUCAAGGAGGAAAGAAGAAGAAAUAAAAGAAGCUGCUCCAUUUUUCAUCAUCUACCCAUCUAUUUGGAAAGCACUGGAAUUCAGACGCAAGAGAACAAUGUUUCUUCAGUGGCAAAUGUAGCCCUGCAUCCUCCAAUGUCACCUGGUGUAGGUUUUUUUUUUCUGUACCUUUCUAAACCUCUCUUCCCUCUGUGAUAGUUUUGUGUUUAAACAGUCAUCUUCUUUUAAAUAAUAUCCACCUCUCCUUUUUGCCAUUUCACUUAUUGAUUCAUAAAGUGAAUUUUAUUUAAAGCUAUGCCACA